AUGAUACCUGAUCAUCUAUUUGACGAGGGUAUUACUACCUCGUUAUUGCGAAAUGAUAUGAAACAUGUUCAGUUGAACAGAAUAGUUUUUGAAAAAACUCAGAAAGAUUACGAACGGGAGCAGCGUAAUUUACUAUCAUCUCAAGAUGGUGACACUUGUGAGAUCCAUGAUCAGUUCUAUAGAGAUCAUAAACUACUACUGGUUUUGUUUAGAGCACUGGCAGUUAUGCCUAUAACGCGGUCUCGGCCCGGUGAGAUACUAUCGAGUUACAGGUUCUUUAAUAUCACAAUUGCGGUGUACGGAGCGCUAUCUGAGAUUGUUGAUCACGGUUUCGGAUUCAGCUUUAAGGAGAUGGGCCUGUUUGUUGACACACUGUACUGCUCAACUUUGCUCUUUAUCUUCGCAGACUGCUCUCAUAAGUCUACACUUAAAGUAGCAGCUGGAGUACAAGACACGCUUCUAUCAAUAGAUGUUCUAUCUGUGGAUCGACCUACUCAGAAAGAGGUUUAUAUAUAUUUUCUAACAAUCGAUCACUUUAUACAGGCUAUAGAGAUGAAUCCAGCAGUGGUAAGCUUAAAAGGUUAUGCUCAUGUCAAUCGAGAACUUUUAACAUCUGCAAUAAGCAUGAUAGCAAUAUAUCUUAUUGUAUUGCUGCAGUUCAAGAUUUCUUUGCCCAAGGACUCAUCAACAGCCAAU